GCAUGUGGAAAGAAUAUAUGAGAGCGAAGGUGGUCUAGUUGCAGUGUGAAGUAAAGACAAUCUCAAGGGAAUCAAAGUUCGAUGGCACAUAGGGAGAGACGAGUCCAGAAAUAAGUGGCAGUUUGAGAUAUCCUCCCAAGGAAAGGUAAGAAUAAGAUUAGGGCAAAGGAGAAUGAAUGAUUACGGGCAGCAGUUCCCAACACAUGAAAAAUAGAAUUUAAAAGAAAAAGAAAACAAAAGAGGAGUAAUCGAUGGUAAGGUGGGGGUGGUUCGGCUUAGGACCCAAUCCAAACCAUCAUUGCAAAUCUUGGGGACGACCAAGCCCACCAUCAUUUUACAAGCUCCUAGCUGAACAAUCCCCCCAUUAUUGUCCCUCUCUCCUCGCCCGCUUUUCCCAUUCUGCCCCUCCCUCUCUUCUCCCUCCAUCGUCUCUACUCUGUACAGUACCAGCGGACACCCUCUGCAACAACAAGAAGCAUAACAGAUACAAAAAACCUAUCAUCAUUCACAUGACGCCAUAACCAUAACCAUAAUCAUACAACCGAACACAUGAAAUCUUUUAGGCUCUUACCCGGCCGCCUUCCUUGCUUACCCAUGCAUGAUUGUUUUGUCAGACGAGGAGAGAACCACGUCUUCUUUUGUCUCUCCCUUUCUCUCUCCUCUCUCUCUUUCCCUCCCUCCCUCCCUCCCUUUUCCUCUAUAAAUUAACACCUCAACGUUCCCUUUGUCCCUCACUUUUUGCUUCAACAAACUUCUCCUAAUUCAAGAAUCCAUAUUGCUUCAAUUCCUCCACCAGCUUCUCGCUCGACUUCAUUCAAAAGGGGCACUCGUGAGAAUUACUUGAUAGAGAAUGGACAGGCUUAACUCGAAGCUGUACCUGCAGAACUGCUACAUAAUGAAAGAGAAUGAGAGGCUGAGGAAGAAAGCCCAGCUUCUUAAUCAAGAGAACCAGGUUCUUCUGUCUGAGCUCAAACAGAAGCUGUCCAAGCAGGCCAAUUCGAAAACUAGUGCUCCCAACACCAUUCUUGACCUGUCCCUCAGCUCAAGCUCCUCCCAAAAUGCUUCCAGUUCCAGCAACUGAUGAUCUGUUGGGAUGGGGAAAAAACAGAGUAUCGUGACCCCACUAGCACUAUUUGUUUGUUUUGUUUCUGUGUAAAAUCUGAGUCAACAGUAGCAGUCCUAGUUUCUGUUCCAUAGGAUAAUAUCAGCAUCGUGUAUCUGAUCACUAGUGCGUUGCUUUCCAUUCUGAUGACAUCUGUAUUUUGGAAGGGGGGGGUUUAGAUAUUAAUUGACGAACCAAAAGUUAUGAUAUGUAUGGGGCUAUCUGCUAAUAUGAAUGAAUGUAAAAGCAAUUACUAAGCUUAGCUCUCUGCCUCUGCACGUGACUGACAAUUAUUCUGAAUGAAAUUUGCUAUAUUU